CUCACACUGCCUGCAAACUAACGAGAGACAAACUCCUCACACAGGCAACUAAAACCGAGAGUGGAGAGACCUCAGCCUGACUCUAACCUCGAUUUUUAAACAGGGGUCGAUCAAUAGUUUUAAUCGAUAUCACCGACUUUUGGACAACGUCGUGACUUUGUUUUUACUUGGUGCUUUAAUUAUCCCUUUUUUUUAAAGAGGGACUCGCGCGACUCAUAAUGACAAUUCAGUGCACAGGUGCGCGUGGGCAGGUUAAUUAGCAGCUAUGUUUUUGACUGCGCUUUGGUGAUAUUUAUUAGUUGACGUAAUGGAGCAAGGGCACUUUCAGGCAUCUGGAAGCGGAGACAGCUUGUCGUCUUCAGGUUCACACACCUUGUCCGAAGGGGAAGAAAUGAAGGCUGUCCUGGACAUCAAGGUGUCUAUAGAUGAAGAUGAUGAACCCAACUCCGAGUCUGAAAGUGUGAACGCAACGGAGGAUGACAAGGAGACAUUGGAGGAUGAAGAAUGUGAGGAAGACGAAAAGUUGGACAACAUCCUCUAUCCUCCCUCCACAUGCCUCAGGAAGUCCAGUAACCCAGAGGUGACCUACGUAUUAAGUCCUGCUCUCAAAUUCAAGCGACAUCUCAGCGAAGAUGGAAAACACGUCAGAAGACGGAGCCUAGGGGGAGGUCUCACAGGAAAGUACCUUCUACUACCCACACAUCCCCAGCAGACACAGACAGCAUGCCAGCCGUCAUCUGAGAUUUCUAACCUGCUUCGUAUGUGCUCCCGGAACCUUGGAAAGUCGGACCCCUCCCUCACCUCCAGCCUGAAGGAGCUGAGUCUUCCUAGAAGAGGCAGUUUCCUCACUCCCCGAAGCUUGAGCCCUACUCCCACUAGCCCUUGCAGUCCGUGCAGCCCUCUGCACGCAUUUCAUUUUUGGAGCUGCAGAACGAGCAACAGAAAAAGCCUGAUAGGAAGCGGACAGUCGUCAGGUUUACAGCGACCUCAUUCGCCCCUCUCAUCUCUUACAGGAACAAGUCCUCAAGACAGCCCUAGAAAUUUCUCUCCUAGUGCCUCUGCUCAUUUCUCCUUUGCACGAAGGACUGAUGGUCGCCGCUGGUCGUUGGCCUCCCUUCCCUCAUCUGGUUAUGGAACCAACACACCCAGCUCCACCGUCUCUGAGAAGCUGCACCAGCUGCCCUUCCAGCCUACGCCCGAUGAACUGCACUUCCUCUCCAAGCACUUCUGCACUGAGAGCAUCUCCGGGGACGAAUGCCGCAGAGCGACGGCCAUGCGACCCCGCUCUCGCAGUCUCAGCCCUGGGCGAUCUCCAUCAUGUUAUGACCAUGAGAUUAUUAUGAUGAAUCACGUCUACAAGGAGCGGUUUCCAAAGGCCACGGCUCAGAUGGAGGAAAGGAUUCAGGAGAUCAUCCGCAGUAACUCUCCAGAGAACGUCCUCCCUUUGGCAGAUGGUGUGCUCGGCUUCGCCCACCACCAGAUAAUUGAACUGGCCCGUGACUGUCUGGAGAAGAGCCGACUAGGACUCAUCACCUCCAGCUACUUCUGCGAGCUCACUGACAAGCUCGAGAGGCUCGUUCAGGAGUCCACAGAGAGGUCAGAAAGCGAGGAGGUGAACUUCAUCAGAGAGGUGGUGAAGAAGCUCCUCAUCGUCAUAGCUCGACCCGCUCGACUCCUGGAAUGUCUGGAGUUCGACCCUGAAGAAUUUUACCACCUUUUGGAGGCCGCUGAGGGACACGCGAAAGAGGGCCAGGGCAUCAAAACUGACAUCCCACGUUAUAUCAUCAGCCAGCUGGGACUCACACGAGAUCCUCUGGAAGAAAUUGCUCAGUUGACCAGCUGCGACAGCGGGAUUGCAGAAACUCCAGAAACAGAUGACUCCUCACAGAGCCUCAGCGCAGCCUUGAGGUCCCGACGUAAACCCUGCGAAUUGGACUUUGAGAUGACAAAACUCAUCAGCAAUGGCGCCUACGGUGCUGUUUAUUUGGUUCGACACAAGGAAACUAAGCAGCGGUUUGCCAUGAAAAAGAUCAACAAGCAGAACCUGAUCUUGAGGAACCAGAUACAACAGGCCUUUGUGGAGAGAGACAUCCUCACCUUCGCAGAGAACCCUUUUGUGGUGUCCAUGUACUGCUCCUUUGAGACCCGGCGGCACCUGUGCAUGGUCAUGGAGUACGUCGAAGGAGGAGACUGUGCCACCCUUUUGAAGAACAUGGGUCCCCUGCCUGUGGAUAUGGCCAGGAUGUACUUUGCAGAGACGGUCCUUGCUCUGGAGUAUCUUCAUAAUUACGGCAUCGUCCACAGAGAUCUCAAACCAGACAAUUUGCUGGUCACCUCAAUGGGUCACAUCAAACUGACAGAUUUUGGGCUGUCCAAAGUUGGGCUGAUGAACAUGACCACGAACCUGUAUGAGGGACACAUAGAGAAAGAUGCCAGAGAGUUUCUCGAUAAGCAGGUAUGUGGGACACCAGAGUAUAUUGCUCCAGAGGUGAUCCUGAGACAAGGCUAUGGGAAGCCCGUGGACUGGUGGGCUAUGGGCAUCAUCCUCUACGAGUUCCUUGUGGGCUGUGUGCCUUUUUUUGGAGACACACCAGAAGAGCUGUUUGGACAGGUCAUCAGUGACGAGAUCAACUGGCCCGACGGAGAAGAUGCCGCACCUCUGGACUCUCAGGAGCUCAUCACCAUGCUGCUCAGACAGAAUCCUCUGGAUAGGAUGGGUGCAGGCGGGGCGGCUGAAGUGAAGCAGCAUCAGUUUUUUCACAACCUGGACUGGAACAGCCUGCUGAGGCAGAAGGCUGAGUUUAUUCCUCAGCUGGAGUCCGAAGAUGACACCAGCUACUUUGACACUCGCUCUGAGAGAUACCAUCACCUGGAGACUGAGGAGGAGGAUACGAAUGAUGAAGACUUCAACGUGGAGCUGCGGCAGUUCUCCUCUUGUUCACACAGAUUCUCUAAGGUUUACAGCAGCCUGGAUCUGUCACGUGGGCACCUGGAGGAGAAAGGAGAGACGGAGGAGAAGAAGAGUGAGAGCCCGCUGACUGUGGACUCUCUCAGCUGGACGCCAGACUUUGCUGAAUUGCCCUCCCUGUCCCACUCGACAGACACAGAGAGCAUAAAUCAGGGCGCUCGCCCCAACCUGCUACCAAAGUUCGCCAUCUCAGCUGAGAGCGAAGGAGACGAGACCUCCGGCCUCGGUGACCCCAGCAAGGCUUCCUUCUCCAUCGGAGAGCUCCCGCAAGAUGAGCCCGACGCAACCACACCUGGCAGCACCCACAGUGGAGCAACGCUCUCUGGAAGUUUCUCUGAACAUUUGGAUCAACUGACGCCCAGAGGUGAGGGAGUGGAGAGCCCCGACAGUAGCAGUCAUAUCUCCGGAGACCAGGGGGUGCAGACCAACUCUUUGCGACCUGAGAGUGCCGCUGAGAAGACGGGAGCUGUGGCUAAAGUCCCAAAGUCCGUCUCAACUGGCGCCCUCUCCCUUAUGAUCCCUGGAGAUAUCUUCGGGGUGUCUCCGCUGGCCAGCCCUCUAUCUCCCUACUCCCUCUCCUCAGAUCCUUCUUCGAGAGACUCCUCACCGAGCCGAGACUCCUCCCUCUGCACGACCAACCCACGGCAGCCUGUCGUCAUCCACAGCACUGGGAAGAAGUUUGGCUUCACGCUGAGGGCAAUCAGGGUGUACGCUUGUGAGGGUGACAUCUACACUGUCUACCACAUGGUCUGGAACGUAGAGGACGGCGGGCCCGCACAUAAAGCCGGACUCAAAGCCGGAAACCUCAUCACUCAUGUGAACGGAGAGCCGGUUCACGGUCUGGUCCACACUGAAGUGGUGGAGCUCCUGCUGAAGAGUGGUAGCAAAGUGGCCAUUUCAACAACCCCCUUCGAAAAUACAUCAAUAAAAACCGGUCCUGCCAGGAGGAAUAGCUACAGGAGCAAGAUGGUUAGAUGUGCCAAGAAGCCCAAGAAAGAGAAAACACCAGAAAGGCGACGCUCCCUUUUCAGGCGUUUUGCGAUGCAGCCCUCCCCUCUCCUGCACACAAGCCGAAGUUUCUCCUCUCUCAACCACUCUCUUUCAUCUGGCGAGAGUCUCCCCGGCUCCCCCACCCACAGUCUCUCCCCUCGCUCCCCUACUGCCGCCUUUCGCCCUGCACCUGAUUUCACCCAGUCAGGUGGCAACUCAUCCCAGAGUAGCUCUCCCAGCUCCAGCGCUCCAAACUCCCCUGCAGGCUCAGGCCACAUUCGCCCCAGUACUCUUCAUGGCCUCGGCCCCAAACUGCCGGGUCAAAGGCUUCGUCAGGGGCGCCGCAAGUCCGCCGGUAGCAUCCCUCUCUCUCCUUUGGCUCGCACACCUUCACCUACCCCUCAGCCAACAUCUCCUCAGCGUUCACCCUCUCCUCUUCUUAGUGGACAUUCAGUCACCAUUUCAAAGACAACCCAAGCUUUCCCGACCAAGAUACAUUCCCCACCUACAAUCGUACGCCACAUUGUGCGCCCCAAAAGCGCUGAGCCACCCCGUUCACCCCUCCUGAAACGAGUCCAGUCUGAGGAGAAGCUGUCCCCCUCUUACACAGGAGACAAGAAGCACCUUUGUCCUAGAAAACACAGCCUGGAAGUGACCCAAGAGGAGGUGCAGGAUGAGGAACUGAGAGCUGGGGACCGCGAUUACACCGUUUUGCAGAGUGUGGACGAAACAGCCUGCGAGCCAGUGGCAAUCAACCGUGUACGACCUGUUGAGCAAGGCUGCUUAAAGAGGCCCAACAGUCGUAAAAUGGGUCGACAGGAAUCUGUUGAAGAACUGGACAAGGAAAAGCUGAAGUCCAAGAUGGUUGCGAAGAGACAAGACUGGUCGGAGAGGAGGGAGUCGCUGCAGAAACAAGAUGCGCUGCGUGAAUCUGACUCAUCCACGAUGUGUGGUGAUGACAGGGAGGAAAGUUUUCUGGUCCGAGGUCAAAGCAAAACUCAGAAUAGCCCAGAUUGUGGUCCUCAAGAGGCCAAACCUGCCAGUGCAACCCUUAAAGAUGUGCUGUAUAAAAAACUUAACACACGUGCGUCCGAGGGCAUCAGUGAAUCGUCUGGUAGCAGCAGUGAGAGUGACGGAGGACUCCGAUCGAGCUUCUGUUCUAUUCACCCAGAGUGGCAGUACUCCAGACAGGCUAAAGACAACAUGAAGCCGGACAGACUGGACUUCAAAGCUCCCAACAUUGAGUUCACCAGGAAGAGGCUGUCAUUCGAAGAGCGAGAGGACUGCAUGUGCCGGUUGUCUUCCGGCCUCCAUGAGAACCUCCACUUUGGCUCCACCAGGUCUAAGAGCCUCCAGCUGGACACAACCAUGCCUCAUGACCACAUGAAGGCAGGACUGGGGGGUAUUCACUCCAGCCCUGAAGGUCUGGCUUCCAAGAUUUUCUCCGGUAGAGGAGAGAGUGCUGUGGAAAAACUCCAGCUCAUCUCCUCAGCGGAUUCUCCACUUCGAAAGACUUCAUCUGAAUAUAAACUGGAGGGACGCCAUGUCUCCUCUCUCAAACCUCUGGAGGGCACCCUGGACAUUGGCCUGCUCUCAGGGCCCAGAGUAUCCAAAACAGAGACCUGUUUAUCCAAAAUGGUGGAAAACACAAGCAACACUGUCUCUGUGAGUCCUCCAAUUUGGCUCCAGAGUCCUACUGAGAGACAAAUAACCAUCCCCCAACUGAAAACUACAGACAAGCUGAAGAGCCCCCUCGCUUGUUCCCCAAGCCCUGAAGCUGUUUCCUCUCUAAAUAGCAUAGUUGUCUCCAAAGAGCAGUCAAAUCAUUUAGCCACAGAGGUAAAAAGCAGUGCAAGUGGUGAGAAAACACAGGACAGACAUAAUGAAUCAUUAAAGCCCCCAACCAGCAAAGGGGAAAGCUCAACAUUUACUGUUAAACAAGAAAGCAGGACCAGUAUGAAGGCCAGCUCAGCUCUGGCUCAUGAACAUAGAGCCCCUCGACAUAGCUCCCACUUUUCCUCUUGUGGAAAAACACCCUCCAUACGGGAAGUCAGCAAUGAAGACCAGGAGGAUGAAGUGGAACAGCAGGAAAUAACACCAUGCACUACAUCACAAAAUGUUGACAGCUGCAAGACAGUAGUGUCUUUGACUUCUGCAAAGCUGGAGUCGGACAUAAAAACUUCCCCUGCACCGGCACAAAUGGAGACUGCAGCUACAGCUGUUAAUGCACCAUUACCUGUGUCAGUGAAGCAGAGUAUAAACUCUGGCUUGGAUAAAGGUCAGCCUCAGAGCUGUGAGAAAGCAGCUACUGCACAGAACUCAACCAUGACCUCUGCUUCUAAGGUGAAUGUACAGAGUAAGUCUGCAUCUGUACACGUUCCAGAGAAUGUGCUGUCAAAACAGCAACUGCCGAACAUCUGCUCUUCAAAUAUCAUCACAACAUCAGCAUCUGGUUCUGUGCACGAAAAUAAAACCUGCAGUGCAAACUCAAAAGGCCGGUUCUGCUCUGACAGACCUACCAGUAGGGACGUGGUUCAGUCUAUCAAGUCAGCUGUGAAGGUGGUGGGUGAUACAGGUAGCCCAGGCCCUAAGAAGGAAAUGAACACAUGUGCCACAGUUGAAAAAGCGGAGAAGAAAAAGGAGGUUUCUACUAUAAACAUGGGCCCAUCAUUAAACAAUGUCACAGAAAUCGCACCAAGUGUAAACAAGAAGAAGGAUAACACUGUGUCAGCUGGUGCAAUAGAGAGUAGUAGCAUACUGGGGCAGAAGAAAGAGGACCCCAUAUCACCAAAGACAAAGAAUAAAGGCAACGUGAAAGACUCAGACCAGCUAUCCACCAACCACCAUCCAGCUGAAAAAGCCCAGCACAAAUUACCCGAUUCAGCACAUUGCACCUCUAAAAAACAAGAAACUGUUCUCAGUGUAAAAGAAAACACUGUGGUAGCUACAGCCAAGCAGAAAUGUUCAGCUCCAGCAAGUACAAAUGAAAAUGUUUCGAGUCUCAAAAGUAAAUCAAGGCCUGACCCACAACCUGUGCCACAGACCGCCAUGAAGACAGAGAAGGAAACAAAAACACCUCCCCCUGUCCAAGCGGUCAAGGGAAGUCCAAAUUCAAAACAGAAAGAUGUGUCUAAAGAAUCUGCGCCCUCAUCUUCAACUGUUCAAAUAACCCAUGACUCUAAACGGAAAGAAGCCACGUCGCUUUCCUCUAGAGUUGAUGUAAAACGGGAAGAAUCAGCCCAGCUGACACACCCUUCUCCCACUUCUGCAGAGGUGAAACAAAGAGAAACACAGCCCAAAAGUUCUGUAGCAGCCUCAUCUCAUGUAGUAAAAGAAGUGAAAGAAAACAUGGACUUGAAGCCAAAAUCUCUCCCUCCUAAAUCUGUCUUCUCAUCGGCAACAUUAAAGCCCUCUGUAGCUCCAUCUCCAGGUAUUAAACAAAGUCUUGAUGCCAAACAUAAAGAUCCCUCACCCAAAAACCAAGCCCCAGCUGUUAAAGACCAUCAUGACUCGAAACCAAAAGUCGCCGCUUCACCACUUACUGCACGUCAACAUCAGCCACAGCAGCUCAGGAAGGAGCCAGACGUUUCCCCACAGCCUGAUCUGCCACCUGUGCUGCCAAAACCUGCAGCGAAAAAGGAAACGCAGUCACCAAGCAGUGGAGCCGCCUCAAGCAGGGCCUCCACCUGUUCACCCCAGGAAGCUGUAGUUAAGGUAUCUAAGGAAAGCCCCAAGUAUGAGGCAUUUAAACCGGACGCUUGCAAAAGCCUGGAUACCAGAAUCACCACCCCGGACAAACAGGUGCCCUCCAUCCGGAAAGAGCAGGCUGAGAGGAAGAAAAAAGAAACAGUUCAAGAUGUCACAUCUGCACAGAAAAACACAAAGAGAGACACAUCCAGAGCUGCUCCAUCUGCAGUAAAAGAAAGUUCAGAUAAAGACACUGGCAGGUGCAAGCAGCAGAAAGAGUCACCACGCAGCUCCACUUACAAAAAGUGAGAAAAAAAGAGAGAAGGGAAAAAUAUUAUCGCUCCAGAGAACCAGAUUUAAUAAGAAAAAAAGUUAGAAAUGGUUUGUGCAAGCAUCAUCAUGCCUCCUUCUUUUCUUUUUUUUUUGGUUUGAGGACCGGGCAAUCUGUUACAUGCUGAUAGAGAGGUAGGAUGUGUAGGUGGGUGUGUGGGUGUGUGCGUGCGUGCGUGCGUGCGUGCGUGCGUGCGUGCGUGCGUGCGUGCGUGCGUGCAUUUAAUAAGAUUACUUUGGACAACACAUGUAAAUGUUUUGGGGUGUGAAUGUAGGUAAUCACUUGCUGAUCAUUUCUGGUAUGUUGUUGUUUUACUUUUUGCAUCAAGUUGAAUGUUUGGAAGUUUUUUUUCUGUUUAUUGCAGAAUGCUUUGUGCAAUCAGUAUGUCAGGGGCAAUAGGGAGAGAGGAGCCUUACAAAAAGGUUGUUAUGUACUGUAGAGUCAGUGCCAUAAAUGAUUUUGAAUUGCACUCUUACUUCUAAGACUCGGAGGACCUGAUGUCGAAGGCGAUAGUCUUUUUAAUGCAGUAGACCAUGCAAUGUUGCUUAGCGAUAUGGCAAUGUUGUAUCACAAUUGUUUCUUUUCAUUAUAAUCAGAUUGUUCAUUAUUUUUUUACGUUGGGGGUAUUUUUUGUGCAUUGGUACACAGAGGGAAUGCACUUUGUCCUGUGCUUUUCACCUAAAACUUUGAAAAAUAUGGAAUCAUCUUUUUUUCGGUUCUAGAAAUCACAUAUAUAUGAAAUUAGUGACGGGGCCUUAGAUUAAUGGGAAAUAACACUUGCUGUUCUUAGCAAGAUGUGGUGUUCAUUCACAUUCCUCUGACAUCUGUACAUAUAUAUUUUUUUUUUAAUGCAAUAUUGUGUAAAUAUGAUAACACUGUAAAACUGGGAUACAUGGGGCUUACAUGAUUGUCAUUUGUAUUAUAUGUAUAGAUUUUGCAGUGUCAUGUUUGUAUGCUCGAUAUUAGAGAAUUAUGUUCCGCUUGACGACUCUGUGGUCAAAAAAGUAAGCUAACGUGAUGUAUCUCGUCAACAAGGCAUCCUAUCGUUUUGUGACUUUUAAACAUGUUUUCACAUGUUCCAAAAUUAACUUGAAGAGAGAUAGAGAGAUGAAAAGGCAUAAGGGGGGUUGGGAGUAGGAGGGGUCUAAAAAUGUAGCAUUAUAUAACAAAACUGUGAGGGCUGUCAGCGUUUCCCAAGAAUGUCUUUACUGUUGAUAAUGUAUUUGCAGGCUGAUUAUGGUUUGAAGAAUGAUGAUUGUCUAAAAAAAAUGAAGUAUUGUGUUUGAUUGUUGAGAUUAACCAGCAUAUGUUUGACAAUAAUUACUGCAGUAGAUUUCUUUAAAAAAAAAAAAAAAAAAAUGUGGGCAUCAAUCAUCUCCGGUUGUGUCCAUGUGUUCCCAGAAUGAUAUGAGAUCAAUCAUGUGAGUUAAAAAAAAAAAAAAGAUGAGCUCUGAAAGGGUUUCAAGUUCAAGACCGCAGACACUGUCAGGGUUUCAAAGGAUGUCAGGCUUUCAGUCUCAGUGUUGUAUAAGUCAUGUGUUAGUGUUUCGAUCUCAACGCACAGCCUGGGUUUAAGGUUUUAUGUGAGGAAUCUUGAUUAUUUGCAUAGUUCAUGUCAAAAAUCAUACAUUUGAUGUUAAUGUGCAAAUAUGUGGUACUAUACAUGUAGGCUGCCAUAUAUCAAGCUUUCAUUUUCUGCUACUUACACAUACACACACAUACACAUACACAUACACACAGUGUCUCUUAACUGUAGAUGCCUUUAAAUUGCAAACCCUAAAUGACAACCAGAAAGUAGCCUAGGACACUACGUAUGUAAUGCAGUAUUCGCUCUGUUGUGCUGGCUAUAUAAAAAAACAAUAAUCUUGAAUACUACUUAUACUCUAUAUUGUCAAAUAAAUAAGUCAAAUAGGAAAAUCCUUCAUUUAAACUAGACACAGAAUAUAGCUUAUCUAAAUGGCACACUUUAUCCCAGAAUGAAACUGAAACACGUGAGAUUGACUGCAGAGAUUUUAAUGUUUAAAAGAAUCUAAUGUUUAGUGGCAUUAGAUGUUGUAAAUGUAUCGCUAUAAUGUAUUGUGAGAGAACAAACGCACCUUAAUGUUUGCCAUCUAUUCAGUUCAAUGGCUGAGCAAAAGAGGAGAAUUGGAGCUGAAAAGGAUGUUUAUGAAUUCCCCCCCAUGUGUCCUGACUUGAAACUGAAAUGAAUCACCAACAUUUUAUUUGAACAAAUAAACAUGAAUUUUUCCCCUUACACACACUUUUUUUUCCCUUUUCUUUUUUUUGUUUGUUCCUGUGGCGACUGACAUAUAAAUCCUCAAAGCACAUUCAAUGUUUGUUUACAAAGCUUCAUGGAUGUAUAUUUUGUAUAUUGUUGAUUUGCCAAAUCUAUGUUCUGUGUCACAGGUAAUGUUGUUUAUAGUAGUGUGAGAUUUUGCUCCCCUGCCACCAGGAUGUAAGAACAUUUGUUUGUGCAGUAAUCAACGUCUUUUCACGUCAGGUUCUUCUUUGUCUGCUUGUCUUUUCAGUUUUUUUCCUCCUCUGUGCAAAACUAGUAUUAGAUGAACUUGCUUACGAUGGUUUGUCUUUUAGAAUAUGUGCAAUAAAAGUGUUUUGAGUUUUGUAUUUUGCCCAAGGAAAAGCUCUAUGGAUGUCAUAGAUGUUGUAAAUUAAAACAGAUAUUUAUACUUCUAAUGUUGCGUAAUACUGAACAAUAAAAUGGAAUU